AUGCUCGCAGAGACUCUUCAGAUACCUGUCGUUGCGAUCGAUAGACCAGGAUAUGGUGGUAGCACGGCCUAUCCUGAUCCAAAAGCCAAGAACGAAGACCUCCGAAGACGAGGCACUACAUUCGCCCAGGAACAAGGUAAAUACCUCAACUCGACUGUUCUACCAGAAUUGUGGAAAGAAUUUGGAUCCAGUGCAUCUAGUAUGGUAGUAUUCGCACAUCCGAUAGGGGGAAUGAUGGCCAUUGUGGCCGCCGCAGAACCGAAAGAGUAUCCUCUAGCAGGGCUGAUCGUAUCUGGAAUCGGGUGCAAGAGUCAGAGAAAUGAAGGGGAUAUCCAUGGAAACCGUGAUACUGGCCAAACGGACGAGCAACAAACGCAUAUUCAUUUCAGUCCAAACGUGAAGGACGAACUGAUGCUUAACUUUCCGCCCAAAGCAAAUGAAGUACGGCUUGUUGACCAUGCAAUUCACCAAAGUAUUCUAGACAAAGAGUCCCAAGGUUGA